CGGUUGAAAACUUCAGUACGGGACAUUUUUAUCUACCCCUCCCUCACAUAGGUAAAACAGGUAGUCACGUGAUAAAACAAAUUGUCCUUGGAGCCGGAGAAUGACUUCGCGGCAGAUCGAGAGUUGUCCGUAAAAAUGGCCGAUUUUUCCUCGGAAUUUUCGAGCGGUCUCGACGGCAUUACUUCAAACGGAGACAACGAUGACUUUGAGGAGCGCGACGAAGUGUUUGAGAGCAUGUCGUUGCCCAGAAAGACCAGUGUUUUAAAGAAAGACGGCCAUCCUCAGAAACGCUCUCUGUCAAAAUCGGUGUCGUUCAGCGCGCGACCUGAAGACAAAAAGAUUAUMAACGCUGCGGACUGUUUGCAGUUUAUCCAGAAUGGAUGCGAAUUGAUGAAGAUUCGGUCCAACUCCAGACAAUAUCAGAGAUUUUUUUCUGUUGAUGAAGACUCCACUACACUGCGAUGGAAACCUUCUUCUAAAAAACCCGAGAAGGCCAAAAUUGAUGUUGAUAGCAUACGAGAAGUGCGGACAGGAAAGACAACUGAAGUGUUCCGUGAAAUGGAUCGAGAUGAUAUUCAGGAAGAUUGUGCUUUUUCAAUUAUUUAUGGUGAAAGCUUUGAAACUUUGAAUCUUGUUGCAUUUUCACCUGAUGAGGCGAAUAUCUGGGUUACUGGAUUACGAUGUCUUAUUGACUCUGAUAAAGCUCGAAGUCCUGUGGAACAACGGCAACAGAUAAGAGAUAGAUGGUUAAAAGAACAGUUUGUUUUGGCUGACAUGGGAGGAAAAGGAAGGCUAAACGAGAAAGAGGUGUUGACUGUUUUACAGCAACUUAACGCUCAUAUACCAGAAAGUGUUGUGAAACAAAAAUUUAAGGAAGCAACAGCAGUCAGCUCUGCUCCACAGAAAAAUAGUUUAUCUUUAGAAGAAUUUUUGUCUUUUUACAAAGAAUUAACAACAAGGCCUGAGGUGUACUUCCUUUUAGCAAGAUAUGCAAGUAAUAACGACUCUCUCACAACGGAUGAUCUSCUAUUGUUUUUAGAAGCAGAACAAGGACUUUCUCGAGUCGGCAAAGAAGAUUGUUUAGAAAUCAUUAAUAGAUGUGAACCUACGGAAGAAGGCCGACGGAAAAAGUGUUUAGGAAUUGAUGGAUUUACGCAGUACCUUAUGGAAAGCGAUUGUGAAAUCUUCGAUCCUGACCAUGCUAAAAUAUGGCAGGACAUGGAACAACCUUUAUCUCAUUAUUUUAUAGCAUCUUCACAUAAUACAUAUUUGUUAGAUAAUCAGUUAAGCGGACGAUCGAGUGUAGAGGGAUAUGCCAUAGCGCUACAACAAGGGUGUCGCUGUGUGGAAUUGGAUUGUUGGGAUGGGACUAAUGAUGAGCCUGUAAUAUACCAUGGUCAUACUCUAACGUCCAAGAUCUUAUUCAAAGAUGCUGUGGAAACUAUUGAGGAGUAUGCUUUUGAAGCAAGUCCGUAUCCUCUMAUCUUAUCGAUAGAAAAUCACUGUAGUGUUAAACAGCAGAAAGUUAUGGCAGAGUACCUUAAAGAAAUAUUAGGAGAAAAGUUAUAUACGACGCGACCUGGUGAAAACGAAACAAGAUUGCCGUCACCUGAAGCGUUAAGAGAAAAAAUAUUAAUCAAGAAUAAAAAGCUACCUCCCAGUACGGACGAAGAUACCGAGGCUGGGGAAGUAAGCGAAGACGACGAGGACCAAGACGAUAGCAAUGUAAUUAACGGUGAUUACACCAAGUUUGAACGGCAAAAUAACAGACAGGGAAGCUUUAAAAGACAGAACGUCAAGCAAGAUUUGAAUAAGAAUCCCAAGAAGACGAUCAAGCUGGCACGUGAAUUGUCAGACCUUGUUACUUACUGCAAGUCAGUGGCAUUCCAGGACUUUCAACAUACCGCAGAAAACCAGCAAUUCUGGGAAAUGUGUUCGUUCAGUGAGGCAGUUUCUCGUCGCCUAGCRACAUCAUGUCCUGAAGAACUUGUGAACUACAACAAAACAUGGCUGAGCCGUGUUUAUCCUUCUGGAAAAAGGGUUGGGUCGAGUAAUUAUAAUCCUCAGGAAAUGUGGAACUGUGGAUGUCAAAUGGUCGCGUUAAAUUACCAAACACCUGGUAUWAUGAUGCACCUUAAUACUGGAAAAUUCCUGGAAAAUGGAGAAUGUGGUUAUGUAUUGAAACCAUCAGUAUUGAGAGAUGAAAUAGCGUAUUUUAACCCUCAYACCAAAGAUACAAUUCCUGGAAUAUCACCACAGAUAUUACAGAUCAAGAUCAUCAGUGGUCAGCAGUUUCCUAARCCAAAAGGAUCCACCGCUAAGGGUGACGUCAUCGAUCCUUACGUUACCAUAGAAGUAUACGGUAUUCCAUCCGACAUUGCGCAGGAAAGAACGAGAACAGUGCCACAUAAUGGUUUCAAUCCUUUAUACGACGAAUCGUUCGAGUUCCACAUCAAUUUACCUGAACUAGCGUUAGUCCGCUUCCUAGUCCAGGACGAUGACUUCAUUGGUGAUGCCUUUAUUGGUCAAUAUACGAUACCCAUGGAGUGCAUGCUACCUGGAUAUCGUCACAUCCCAUUGGUGUCAUCAUCUGGUGAACCCCUAGAGUCAUCKACAUUAUUCGUAUACAUCACUAUAUCAAGUUUUAAUGAAGCUGGGCAAAAGCAAAGGAAGCACUCACUCAGAAAAUCCAAAAAAGGACGAGAGUAUACAAGCAUGAAAACUGUAGGCGUCAAGUCAGUAGACGAGACAUUCAAAACAGCAAUACAGCCACUAAGAGAUGGGGCUGAUUUAAGAGAAAACCUAUUAACAGCGUUAUCGAACUUUAAGGAAAUAUGCGGGGUUGCACCACGAGCGAACUUAAAACAAUGUGUACGAUUGUUGUCAAGUCGACUGGAGAAUGAGUCCAUAUCACUCGAAUUGGUCAUGAAGGAAGAKCAAUACCCUUCCUUUGAGGUCAGUGGUAAUGUCCCUGAGAUGUUAAAACGAGCAUUAUCAGCUAUAGAUCAGAUUGUGCAAGAGUCCAGGAAUUUAAUUGAAAACGGAGAUGCCAUAUAUGAGCGGAUWAUGCAUUGUCAGCGGUCAGGGUUAGAAUGGCAUGAAGAUCUGUACAAUACUUGCACUAAGGAGGGRCUGAAGGGCAAGAGGUUAACUAAGGCUCUUGAGAGCUUUGCAUGGAAUGUCCGUGUACUUAAAGGACAAGCUGAACUUUUAAUGGGUGCUAAACAGGAAUGUCAAGAGUACUUGCGACAGAUACAAGAGGCAUCUGUAGCRUCAGGCCUUGUAAAGACAGUGGGCUCAAAUUUAUGAUCGUAAUGGGAUCACUUAUAUAAAUAUAGCAACGGCCUACUUGUAUAUUCUUAGACGAUAGAAGGCUGGUCUAUGACAAUGGGAAUCAAAUGCAGUUGGGUCCCAGACUUCUUUGUCCAUUUGUAAAAGAUAAAAGAAUGGUAUCAAGAGAUUCAUAAUCAAUCGAUGAUCAGUCACAUGAUCAAAAAGAAAAUAUGCCUUACUGGUGCUCAGACCACCUUGUUCGUUUAUGGAAGGGUGGUGACUGGUGCUKAAUUAAGAAAAUAUAAUCAUCCAUCAUAUAAAUUGAUGAUGUAAAAUAAUAAUAUUGAUUUUAAGAAAAAAUUGCUUUGGUUUAGAAAAUAUUGAUAUUGAAUUUUGCAGAUAAUAUUUGUAAAUAAUUUGAAAUAAUUUAUGAUAUGGGAAGUUAUCCUUUAUAAAGGUCGAUCACCGAGUAUGGUUGARUAUCAGAUCAAAUGUUUUGUGAUAUAUUAUGAUUUCUUUCAAUAAGCUAGCAAUUGCCUUGGGCUUCGUGUGUGGGGCCUUAAGAAACUUAAUUUGGGCUUCCUGUGUUUGACUUGUGCUUUCAUAUUUUGGGCUACCUGUGCUAGAAAGUGAUAGAACCGUUUUGAAGAAUUGUAAAGGAGAUUUUUUUAAUUUUUUUUCUUGGUUUAGAUAUUAAAAGAUGUGAGCAAACGAG